GCUGAACUCUCUACGUGCUAGGUAUACUUUGAAACAAAGUAUGGGGUUUCUUUUUUUCUGAAAAUUCAUAGAAGUUAUAAAAAUCGCAUUGAUCCAUGUUAUUGUCUGUCGAUUCCAUUUAUUCAUUUUACAUGCUCUCUAAAAUGUUAUAAAAGGAAAUUUAUGUGGGAUAUGUUUAAUUUAGAAUGAUUAUUUUCUCUCCUCAAAUUAAAAACAACACUCAGUUUUGGGAAUUAUCAUUGGAUUAUUCGGAAUAAUUAAGGAAUUUGUCCAUUCAAAAGUCACUUCAUUUUAUGAAUUGGGAAAUAGAACCACGUUUCGAGAAUUAUGGGAUUAUGGGACUAUUUAUUUGGAUAUUCUGGAUCAAAAGAGUCACCAAAGCCUGAAGGCCCUCCUCCACUUAUGAGAGACCCUUGGAGGUCACACAUCAUAUGGACACCUCAGAACAGACAACAGCUGUUGGAGGACAUAAAUAAUUUUGAAGUGAAAGGUGAAAUACAGUAUAUAAACUGUUUGCUGCUAGGACAAUCGGCAUCUGGUAAAACCUCGUUUUUUAAUACGUGUGCCACAGCACUGAAAGAUGAACAAAGAAUGCUAUAUCCAUUAACAGUCUACAAAGCCAGUGGGAAAAGUGUUACUGUAAAGUUUGAAACACAUCCUCUGAUUGCCAAGGGAGUUAUAAAACUUCGCAUAUUUGAUUGCCGAGGACUUCAUGAUGUUGAUGGUGUCACACCUGAAGACAUUCGCCUCAUUGUUGAUGGUCAUAUAAAACAUGGGUAUACGAUCAAUCCAGUGAAAUCAAUCAGCCACAGUGAUCCUCACUACCGGGAGAACCCAAAACUGGGGGAUAUGAUGCACUGUGUUGUGUAUGCAGUUAACGCAACAAACUUAGAAGAAGCGCUUACAGGUGAAACUGCAAAACAAAUAUUUGAAGACAUGAGGGUCAGACUUGUAGAUAGACAUGUUCCACAAUUUGUUCUUAUGAACAAAGUGGAUAGGCUUCGAACGAAACUGGCUGAUGAUAUCACCAAAUUGUUUCACAGCACGGAAGUGAAGAAGAAAUUAGAUAGUAUCGCAACCUUCAUGAAUGUACCAGAAAUGAAAGUCUUACCCAUGUCCAACUACCACAAUGAACCUGUACCAAAUACAAACAAAGAUAUACUAGCACUGACCAAUCUGAAAACGAUUAUGGACUCUGCUAAUGAUUUUGUUGAUCAUGCGUGCGCUACAAAUACUGCAUCUGAUUUCUAUGAUUAAGUCAAUCCCCUGAAACAUCUCUUAUUGACAUGCACUAAAAAAAAAGAGUUUUAGCAUAUCAAUUUUGCUUUGUUCUCUUCAAUCAAGCUCAUGUUACAGUCAACGGACAUCCUAACCAUUCUUGUGACCCUGAUGUUCUCUAUAUAGAUUUUCAAAUUUGAAGAUUUACAUCAUAGUCUAAUACGCUGCGACAUGGUAAUAGUCAAACCACUAAAUAACCAUUUGCGCAAACCUAAAAUUCAUAACAUUUUCAAGGCUACAUUUCUCUUUUUGGGACAAAUAUUGAAUUACGCGAUCAUUAAAAAACUACCAAAUAACCAAGCCUACUUUAUGCCGUGAACAUCAAGGUGUGUAUUUUCACUGGAUAUCACGAUGCAUAAAGGACGUCUAAUAAGCCAGGCAUACAUGAAACUCAAGAUAACGAACAGUGAUCAAUCUCAUAAACCCCAUAAACAAUACAAAAUAAAGAGAUAGACAAACGCAGACCCCUGGACACACGCUCCGGGCCAUAACACUACCUCAGUUUUGAGACCGAAAUCUGAGACUGUCUCAGAUUUCGGUUUCAUCCUCAAGUUCCGUGUGUCAUAAACAUUCUCGUCUCAGUCUCUGAUUUCUAGUUUAAUCUCACUAUUCAGCUCAGAAAGUUAUAUCGCUAGAAAGGUGUCUAACUCCGUAGAUUUUUUCUCAUUUCCAAUAUGGCUUCCGCAAUUUCCCUAUUGAAUCGAUACAACAUCAUCCUUAGUAAAAGGAAAACGCCUUGGCCCCAGAUUUUUCAGGUUAGGUUCAACCCCCUAGAGGAUUUCGAAGAUGACAAGUUUUUAUUCGGUUCCGGUUUCGUCGUGACGCCAUUUUAUGAAUUGUUGACUUAUGUCUAAUGAGGCAGAGACAGAAAGAGCAGAAUUGUUCCCUCCCCUAAAAAAAUAAUGAUUUCUUGAAAUGACCCGGGAGCGUGUCACAACGGAAAAUCUAGUAGUUUGUUACCAAAGAAAUAUGCGAUGCACCUUAAAACUCUACCCCCACCCCCUUCUUUCGUCAGAAUAAUCCACAUCGUAAUGUAUGUACAAUGCACAAUAUUUCGAAAUAUGGAUUGCAUAUAAUAUAUAUUACAUCAUAAGCUGUCAAUUGAUCAUUUUAAUAGAAGUAAAUCAUUUCAGUGAAAAUGAGGCGCAAAUUUGAAUACACGCUUAAAGUAAUUCCAUCCCUUUAGAAUUAUAGGUUAAAUCUUAUAUUUAAUUGUUGAUUCUUCAAAGAAUAUGUCCUAGUAACAAAUGAAAAUUAUGAAAUAAGUAUGUUGCGGUAUUAAGAAAUGUUUUAUCAAUUAGCACACAUAUACAUACAUGUAUCAACGUCAGAACGUUGCAAUUUUCCUUAAACAGCUUUAUCAAAAUUUCACAAGAACUGGUUAAAACAAUAAUAAAAGAUGAAAAUAAGGAACAGUGAUCAAUAUCAUAACUCUACAAGCAAUGCAAAAUAGAGAGCUGGGCAAACACGGACCCCUGGAUAUACCAGAGGUGGGAUCAUGUCCCUUGGAGAAGUAAGCAUUCCCUGUUGACCGGUCACACCCGCCGUGAGCCCUAUAUCUUGAUAAGGUAAACGGAGUUAUCCGUAAUCAAAAUAAGUGUACCAAGAACAUUCUAACAAUCGACAUGAAACACGCCAGACAACACUUGACCCCACGAUAGGCUGCACUGGCAAACCAGAUUGUUAUAACGACCAUAGAAUUUGCGAAAUGCUGACUCCCAACCAUCAUCUCAAAAGUAUUCAUACCAAUUUCAUGAAAUUGUUUCUUAUUUGGCACGCUGUUUUUUGGCUAUAUUUAGCUCUAAAACUUCAUAGUUAUUUUGGAUUUUAAACAUUUCGGUUGAUCAUCACUGAAGAGACAUUAUUUGUCGAAAUGCGCAUCUGGUGCAUCAAAAUUGGUACCGUAUGAGUUUUACAUAUAUACAAAAUGUUUGAAUGGACUUGAUAAAUAAUUCAAUGAAAACAGAGUUAUUGUCCUUAGCUUCAAUAUUUUGAAACAUAUAAUUCAUUAUUCAUAUAUAACUUAAGACUUUUGAAAUAUGUUAUGAUUAUUGAGAAUUUUUACAAUAGCUAUUGAAAAACACUCCAACAACAUUUAUGUUCCUGUUAGACAUAAAUCUUAAAAAUCAUUUACUUUGCGAAAACUUUUGACGUCACAGGAAAAUGUAACUACGUUAAGUGCGUCACAAUGAACAUGAUACACUACUAGGUUAGUGUGACGUCAGCAUUACUGUAGAUAAUAAUUUCGACAUUUUAUGUUAGGCUGAUAUUGUGUUUUAGGGAACCGUAUGAAAAGCGAGGAGCCCUAUAGUAAUCACAUUGUCCGUUAUGUUCGUUCGUUCGUCUGUCCGUUCGUCCGUCCGUCUGUAUGUCCGCCCGUCUGUCCAUCAACACUUUCUUUGUGACACGAUGACUCAAACAGUUUUCAAUUUUCUAAAAGAAAUAAUUUACAGUAAGAAGAAGACACCUAUAGAUUUUGGGGUCAUGUCACUUUGUCUGUCUGUCUGUAUGUCAUAUUUUUUUUUUUUUAAUUUUUAAUUUUUGUUGUUGUUGUUGUUAUUAUGAAUGAUUUCUAAGUAACACGAUAAUUCAAACAGUUUUUAUUGUAGUUUUCAAAUGUUGAACAUAAAUAAUUUACAAUAAGAGGAUCACACCUUUAGAAUUUGGAGUCAUGCCAAUUUAUCUGUCUGUAUAUUAUCAUCUUUGCUAUUAUGAACACCUUCUUUGUGACACGAUAACUCAAGCAAUUUUCAUUGUACAGUUUUCAAAUUCUGUACAAAAAUAAUUUACAAUAAGAGAGAGACACCUACAUAUUUUGGGGUCAUGCCACUCUGUCUGUAUGUAUGUAUGUCAUCAUCUUUCUUAUUAUGACUGUAUCUAUUUACCUGUGUCUAAGGGAUAUAAUUCAAUUUGAAGUAUGAUACAUUGUAUUGAUAUAGAAAAUUUACAAAAGAAAUAACUCUACAACAUUGUGUAUGUGUAAAUUUUUAAUGUUGUCUUUUUUAAUGUGAUAUUAAAAAUGCUUGAUGUUA